CGCUGCUGAUUCCAGAUCCUCAGCAGACAUGAAGGUAACUCUGUGAACGCGGAGAGACUGACCUUCCAGCCUCAUUUUUGCAUUUACUCAGCAGAAAAAUGUCUGAAGAGAAUCUCCUAUGCUGUAUUUGUAAUGACAUCUACACCGACCCUGUUGUUCUGCGCUGCAGCCACAGCUUCUGUAAAGACUGUGUGCAGGAAUGGUGGUCUACAAAACAAGUUCAGAUGUGCCCGCUUUGUAAUAAGAUAGAUUUUUCCAGACAUCUCCUCAGUAAUCUGGCCUUGAAGAACCUGUGUGAGGACUUCUUGCUGAGAAGAAAACAGGAAACAUCUGAGCCUCUCUGCACUCUGCACUCUGAGAAGCUCAAAUUGUUCUGCCAGGAUCAUCAGCAGCUCAUUUGUGUCGUCUGCCGAGACUCCAGGGAGCACAAAAAGCACAGAUUUAGCCCAGUUAACGAAGCAGCUCAACACUACAAGGAGCAACUCUUGCAAUCUGUCAAACCACUGAGAGAGAAACAGUUGCUUUUUAAACAAGUUAAAGAAACCUUUGACAAAGCAGCGGUUCACAUUAAGGUCCAGGUCCAAGAAACAGAGAAGAAGAUCAUGCAGCAGUUUAAGAAUCUUCAUCAAUUUCUACAAGAUGAAGAGAAGGCCAAGAUCGCCGCUCUGAACAGUGAAGAAAAACAGAAAAGUAAAGUAAUCCGGGAGAAGAUUGUGGAUCUGUGCAGAGACAUAACAGCUCUUUCAGACACAAUUAGAGCCACUGAGGAGGAAACGAAAGCUGCAGAUGUGUUGUUUCUUCAGAACCAUCAGCAAGCAACAGAAAGCGUGCAGCAGCAUCUCCAGCUGGAGGUUCCAGAACUGAUUUCAGGAGCUCUGAUAGAUGAAGCCAACCAUCUUGCGAACAUGACUUACAACACAUGGAUGAAGAUGAAGGAGAUGGUCUCCUUCUCUCCUGUGAUUCUGGAUCCGAACACAGCUCAUCCUGAACUCAUCCUGUCUGAAGAUCUGACCAGCGUCACAAGUGGACAGAAAUUCAAGCCUCCUGACAUUCCAGAGAGGUUUGACCAGAGCUGCUGUGUUCUGGGCUCUGAAGGUUUUCAUUCAGGAUGUCAUAGCUGGGAUGUUGAGGUCAGAAAUGAUGCAUCCUGGGGUGUUGGGGUGGUGAAGGAGUCUGUCCACAGGAAGGGACAAACACAGACUGGAUACUGGGAAUUAAGUUUCAUUGGUGGAAAAUACCUCGCUGCGUCCAGACCGAUUCCAGAUAAGGUUCUCUCUGUUGAAAAACUCCAGAAAGUCCGAGUUCAGCUGGACUGGGACAAAGGGAAACUGUCAUUCUUUGAUCUGGACACUAAAAAACUGAUCUACACCUUCAAACACGCUUUCACAGAGAAGCUGUUUCCUUACAUUGGUACCAAGAGUAAAUUACCUCUGAAGAUAUUACCAAACAGCGUCAGUGUAACACCUGAUGAUGUCACUUUAUCAGCAGGUUUCUGGCCUUUAUAGUCUUGUUUUACACUGUAAUUCAUCAUGCUUUAAAUUAAACCAACGAUAUUAAAAAGUCAUAUUAACAGUGA